AUGUCAUCAAUGAAAAAUAAUAAUGAUACAAAUGUAUCAUCAAGUCAAAAUCAACAAUCGAGUAGUACUGGACAAAGUAAUAAUAGUCAACAACAAUCUCAGAAUUCAAAUACUACGAAGGAAGAAAAAAAUAAUAGUCAACGUGUCGGUGGUAAUAGAUCAACUUCCAAACCUCUACGACGUACACAACGAGCUGGAUUGGUUUUUCCUGUUCAUCGAAUUCAUCGUCGUUUACAAGAAGUCAAUUAUCCUACGCAAAUUCGUGAUGGUACUGCUGUAUAUAUGGCUGGUGUACUUGAAUAUUUAGUUGCUGAAGUUGUUGAAUUAGCAGGUAAUGAUGCUCGAGAUAAUAAACGACGACGUAUUACACCUCGUCAUAUUUUUUUGGCUGUUCAUAAUGAUGAAGAAUUGAAUAAAUUAUGUGAAAAUGUUACUAUUGCUUCUGGUGGUGUUAUGCCUAAACUUCAUGAAGUAUUACUUCAAUCGAAGAACAGUCGUUCCAGUUUGAAUGGUAGAAAAUCAAAUAAUAAAUCGAAUUCAAAAAAACAAGGCAAUACAAGUGUUAGCGAUGGCGAUACGACAGUUAACAGUGUUGAUGAUAAUGAAGAUUCAAUGGAAGAAUAA